AUGGCCGGCAAGGAUGUCAUCCGCCGCCGGCGGCAGCGCGCGGCCAGCGACAACUGGGACGAGGACCGCCUCAGUGACCUCACUGACGAUCUACUCCUCGAUAUUCUGCGCCGCGUCGACACGCGCACCGCGCUCGGCGCCGCGGCGCUCUCCAGCCGCUGGGCCAGCCUCCCCCGCGAGCUCCCCGCCCUGGACCUCAAGGUCACGGACAUGUUGCCGCCACGCUACCAUCGCCUCCACCUCCUCCGCCACAAUGCAAGGGAAUCGAAGAUCAGCUCGACCCUGCCCGAUAGGUGGCAGCUAAACGACAUCACCGGGAGAUACGAGCGCCACGCCAUGCGAGCCAUGGUCCGCUCCGUCAAGGGACUCCUGGCCAGCGGAGCUCACCGGCGCGUUGAGAGGCUAUCGCUCGAGGUCUUCGCCUACGACACCUCGGCCUGCAUCAACCGCCUUGUCGUGGACGCCGUCGAUUCCUGGGGCGUCGGGGAUCUAGAGGUUGUUGCCACGCGGACGGGGCCGUUCGUUUUUCAGAAACCGCCGCCCUACAGCUUCCCUUGCGGCGUCAUCAGCAUUAACCCCGGCGAGUCCCGCCUGCGAAGCCUCAAGCUUGCAAACUGCUUGCCCCCGCCGCUCCACGGAUUCACCGCGCUCACCACGCUCGUCCUGCGAGAGUUGCCUGUUACCACGCCGGCGGCUACAUACGAGGGAGUGGUCGCCGCAUGUCCGCAGCUGCAGGUGCUGCACCUCGUGUCGUGCAAGUUCACGAGCAGAACCCAAAGGGUGCUACUGGACGCGCCCAUGUCGGAGAUCAGGGAACUUUUGGUCGACGGGCGGCACAUGGUGGUCGAGCUUCGGUCUCUCCCGAAGCUCGAGAACCUCACUAGCUUGCACUCCAUCAUGCUGGUGCGCUCCACUACCGCCGCCCCGUGCCUUGCGCGCGUCAGCCUUGCCUUCUCUCUUGACCGGCUGGAAGGGGACACUUUCGCAGACUGCUUAAUUCCCAUGCUCUUGGAGGUCUUCCAAGCUGCCCUCAGUAUGAAGGACCUCGUCUUGCGGUUUACUGGCCCAGAUAUGUGGAUCGUGCAUAAGAAUCCCUUCUCUGCAAUGCCGACACUGAGAAGGCUGCUCGUCGCGGACGUGCCUUCGUCGUGGGACGUCUCGUGGCCGCGCCUGCUCAUCGUGGCGGCGCCAUUGCUUGAGAGCCUUUACGUCCAUGUAUCCCACGGCGAAGACGAGCCGAGUCAGGAGAUACCGUUGUCGCCUUCGGCCUUUUGGCGGCACCGCCAUUUGAAGGAGCUGGUUGUCGUUGGUUUCCAGAAGACGGAGAGGCAGCUGCGCCUUGCGAGGUUCGCCGUGGAGGUAUCCACGGCGCUUCGCCGUGUCACUCUGCUGAAGAGUGGACAUGUCGUGGACAAAGGGCCCUGCUGCGACUGGGAGGUGGUGAACCAGCAGAGCGCGUGGAGCGACGAGGAGAAGCUCGCCGUUCUUGAUGGGAUCGGCUGCUCGACGGGACAAAUCGAAGUGGUGCUAUGUUGA